UCAUCUAAGUUGAAUAAUUAUUGAUAUAGGCUUGCCCUACUAACACAACUGAUCCUUUGAGCACAAUGCCCUGCUGGCACAGACACUUCCAUGAAGAUCAAAAGCUUCUCCUUCAAAUACCCUUCCUUGGACAACACAGAGGUUACAAAUGGGAUAUCUUGUCUUGAUAAUUCUUGUGUGUAUAUGACAGUAAAUGGCGUUAUUCUAUCAGUUCUAAAAGCGAGAAUCUUUAAAUUUGAUUCUGAUUUUAAUUCAAUUUGGGUGCUGAAUUUUGAUGGAAACAAGAUUGCAAGGAAUGCUAUAGCUCUUCAUUCAUCUGGGUCUCACUUAGUGGUUGCAAUGAAGUCUCCCACUGAGUGUUCUCUGGUCAAGCUUGAUAGUUCAACUAAUUCAAUUAUCGAAGAAAUCAAAGUUGGAACAGCCACUGAUUGCAACUCUCUUACUCUUUCGAGCGACCACUCAAACAUCUAUCUCUCAGGAACAGUUUCAUCCACUCCUCAUAUUUUCAAAAUUGGGUAUGAUGAUUUUGGAACGACACCAAUCACUUCGAUUCCAGUAAGCUUAGACUCGAUUUACUCCAUCCACUCAUAUACAAGUUCAGGACAAGAACUUAUGAUAAUUAGUGGUUCAUUAACGAGCCCUACUCAGUCCUACAGCUUGCUCUCAGCUGAAUACGAAACAGCUACUCAACAAUGGACAAAAAAUCUUGGAUGUCCUGCUUUAUGUACUCUAAGUGGGACCAAUAACGCACUAAUUUUGCAAUCUGAUGGCAAAGUAAUUAGUUAUUUCUUGGAUACCAAUCCAAUUAUAUUCAUAAGCAACCUUGCUGAUGGGGCUUUUGUUGGAUCCUAUGUACCGGAUUUCUCUCAAACUGGCUUAGAAAUCAGUGGCAUGACAUAUUCAACCUCAUUCAAUAAAGUGUUCGUGGUGAUGAAAUACAAUAAUGGAGGCUAUAAAAUUGAAUAUGAUCCUUUCACUAACACAUUUUCAAACGCUUACAGAAGCAAGGAAAUCACUCCAGGAUGGAUAAUUGAAGCAGGAGGCCAUACUCUGAUUGGCUCUGGAAUUCCUUCCUCAACAUCUGUCAUUGCAAUAUCAAGACUAGCUGCAAACGGAAUCUAUGAACAAAACUCAGAUGUAUCUUUAAAAUCAAAAAAUGACUAUUUUAUUUCUUCAGUUGGGUAUUCUUAUUCUAAUGAUGCCACUUCUUACUUAUUAACUACCCCUUUAUCUGUAACUACAGGAACAUCAAGUAUGGUUUCCUUAGUGUUAUCGUCUCCUGUUCCAACUGAUGAUUUUAAAGAAGAAAGCGAUGUAAUCUUUGGAGGAGGAAGUCAUGUAUUAAAUAUUACAGUGAAUGCUACUGGAACUAUAGCCAACUUCUUUCCAUGAUCCAUCGAUUGAUGAACUACAAUUAACUCUAUGAUUGAUCCCCAUUCAAAUGGAGAGCUUCUUCCAGUUUGGGUAACCCUGAAUACUGAUUCUUUAUCUGUUGAUUAUAUUGUGCCACCUUCUGUUGGAGGUCAAUCUUUUUACUUCACAGGGAAAAGCACUGUUAAUGGAAAAGAGUUCUUAAGGAAUGUACAAAUAAAUGUGGAAGCAGCUCCAAGUUCUCCAUCACCUUCUCCAUCACCUUCUCCACUACCUUCUCCACUACCUUCUCCAUCAUCUUCUUCAUCAGCCUGAGAAACUUUGAAUUGAAAGUCUUGUAGCUCUUCUGAAUGAACUGCAUGUAAAGAAGGCUACACCCUCACCACCUCCAAAACCUGUUCCAAACCCUCCACAACCCUCGACCUAAAAUCUGCACUAGUUAUUACUGGACUUGUAGGUGGGGUUUUGGUGUCAGUAGUGGCAGGGGGGUUGUCAGGAGGGACAAUGAAGAAUAUGUGGACGAUGUUUAACCAGUUUCAGUUGUUUCUAGUUCUUCCAUUUUUGAGAGCAGAGCUUCCGUUUGAGUUUGUUCAGACUAUAAGAGCUCUUGAAACAAGUAUUCUGAAUAUUAACCUGCUUGAUAUAAAGACUGUGCCAAUAUUUGAGGGAUUAAUUGGACAUCUUGAUUAUGAAAAUCCGUAUCAAGAGUUCAGAGAAAAUGAUUAUGAUUCAGGGAGUGCCUUUGUCAAUUGAUUAGAUCUUAUUGCUUAUCCAAUUGGAUUUACAAUCUUGAUACUUAUUUUACACCCUCCUUUAAGAAUAUUCUGUAAGACAAAGAAUAGAUCUUAUAGACUAAAAGUUUACAGUUGUUUUACUGGUUUGGCUUAUUUCAAAUUCUAUCUGAGAUAUUAUGUUGAAAACUUCUUGUUUCUAUGCCUCGCCUCGGUCAGUGAGAUCUCUAGAAUAUCUGAAGUUCUAGAUCAUCCAACUUCAUUUGGCAUAAGUGUUAUAUCAGUUAUUCUUCUUAUCUUGUUCAUAUGCCUCAUACCUUUUCUUCUUUUUAAAGUGAAAAAUCCACAUGAGAACAAGUAUGUCAAUGAACUUUUUGAAGGAUUCAAAAAGAAUAAAUUUGCUCAACUAUAUAACUUUAUGUUCCUCUUAAGAAGAUUACUGAUAGUGAUCGUGAUUGUUGCGCUCAGGUCGACUGAUCUUACACUCAAACUUUUGGUUUUCGCAUUUCUUCAAGUUUUAUCACUCUCUUUCGUGGUACUUGUGAGGCAUCAUGAUGAAAAAUACCAGAAUAUUAUUGAGGUUAUGAAUGAAGUAUCUUAUUUGGCAAUAAUAAUGCUUAUUUUUAUUUACCAGAGGUAUGAAUCCACUUUUGUGGAAACACUCUUGAAUAACUCAAUUAUUAGCAACACAAUGAUGGUACUUGUGAUCAGUAUCGUUAAUCUGAUUUGCCAGAUUGCAUACUCUUGCUACUUAAAGAAGAGAAAGAUAAUACUUCCUUCUUCCAGAAAAGUUAAGGUCAAGAAGAGUCAUCAGAGCGUAAAUAUGGACAAAGAGAAGUCUGAAAUUUUAGAUAAAACUAAAAUGCCAUUAGAGGAUGUAGGCAUACUCACACGCCAUUUACCCCAAAGUUUGAAGAAAUCUGGUGAGGUUAGUUCUCAGAGAAUAUUUAUCGAUUCCGAUGACAUAAUAGUAUUCCCUCUCUUCAAGAAGACGAAUUUCCUAAUCGCUAAUCCACACCUCGAUCAUCAUAACAAGAGUCAAUAACAGAUUAUCGGGCCAAAAGGAGAUCAUUAUUUAAUGGCUAAGA